CUGUGACUCAGGAGUGUGGGGAAGGGAAGUGCCACUCCGCAUAGCCUGGCCUAUCGGCCCACUGAUCCCUGAGGGGGUGUGUCCCACUCCCAACCCCAUGCCUGUGCCUUCCUGGCUGGAUUUCCUCAUCUGGGAGACAGUCCAAGAGGAAGCUGGUGACUCCUGACCCUGGCGUUUCCUGACCCUAUGACAACAGGUCUCUACCACACCUGACCAUCUGGCACUCCCAGGACAGGUACAGAAGAGGGGAGUUCAGGAACCAGGAACCAUCCAGGCUAUGAGCCGAUGAGCCAGCCUCCAGCAAGCCUCCCAGCCCUGCAGGCCUGGAUGGGACCCGGGAGAGCUGGAAACUCCUUGGUACCAGCAUGUUUGUAAAACUUCUUUUGCUUUAGACCCUCUCAACACGUGGUAGCCAGGAAGUGCUUUGUAUUCUGAGCCAAAAGCAGACAGAUCGGUUGUGAUCCCCUGAUGAACUAGAGAAAGAUAGUCGGAGUCUUCUCUGCGAAGUUUCUAUUUGGCACUGCCUUAAAACACUCUGGGUAUCAUGUUACUCCCUGCUCAGGAACCUCUGGGCAGCCGGGCUUCAUUAGAACUGUGACCACCUGCAGGGAAGACUUCUCCUUUUAUCUCCUCUGUCUACACCACUUAAAUUUGCCUCCCCAAGAGUCAAGGAAAAGACUGCCUCAUGGAACUGACCAAGUGGACACCUCAGGGAGCCCCCAACCAAACCCAGGCCAGCACUGGUCUCAGCUCCCUGCUGAGGGACCACAUGGAGGGGAGGAGCGGCACCAACUCCACCAGGGUCCUGAAACUUCCAGAUGGGACCAGCGCCGCCUGGUACAUUCUCACCAUCAUUGGCAUCUACGGAGUGAUCUUCCUCCGGUUGGCCAGCAACAUCCUCAGAAAGGAACGAUAAAUCCUUGGAAGAUAUUACUACUCCAAUCUGACCUCCGAACUCAAAAGAAAGUCUCCAAGCAAGGUGGCCGAGUGCUCUGCACUGACCAUCAGCAACAGAGCUGUCCUGCAGCCCGGCCAGGCCAGCCUGGGGCCAAAAUAUAAAAACAGUGAGUGCCAAACUGAAAUCCAGGGGAUCCCUUGAAAGUCAAGGCACACCGAACUCCACAGAAGAGGCCAAACCUUCCUACCAGGGGAGGCAGCUUUGAGUUACCUGGAACCUUGAGAGAGGAGUCGAGCCCUUGAAUGGGGCUGGAAGAGCAUCCCUGGGGCACUUAGGACAGUGGGAGUGUGACCGGAGCCAGCGUCCCGUUCCUUCUCAGGCUUUGUGGCACUUUGAGACAGGACAGCAGGGGCGGCAGUCAGACCCUUCACCAGGAAAGCUUGCAUUCUGGGGAAGGACUUGGAGCAUUCAGUGUUCUCAGAGAAUCUAGGAGAUUCCUGAGGGUAUAUGUGAAAGUAGCCUCUUGUCAUGGAAGGACGACUGGAUUUGGAAUCGAGCACCCUGGAUUCAAGUUUUCAACUUCCAGGGGGUCACAUGAACUUUGAAUGACUUGUGACUCUCACCUAGAACACAUGGCAGUGGGCUGUAUGGUUUCAAAGAGCCAUUCAUUCUAGAUGUUCUCACUUGACUAUAGAACCAAGGUUGUUAAUAACAGAAGUUAGAAAUUCAUUUUCAUUGAGGUCAUGGCAUCUAUUGAAAAAGAG